AUGAAAAACGUGGUUAUUAUAGGCCAGGGCCCGGCUGCAUACAUGUGUGGAAUAUACAUACACACUGCGAAUCUGUCUCCCAUGAUAAUCAAAGACAGUAUGCAGCAAGCACCGUCCUUCCUUGGGUUUGAUAAAGUUGCUGGUGUUGACGGUGUCUCUACCUCAGACGAGUUUACCAACCUGCUUGAAAAACAGGCAAGAAACAUGAGCAUAGAUAUUGUGGAAGACUCAGUAAUCUGCAUAUCAAGAACAAACAAUGCAUUCACUGUAGCUACAAGCAAUGCUUUAUACGAGUCAAAAGCUUUGGUAAUCGACAGCAUCUGCUUGGAAAAAAAAUACAGAGUCUCCCUGGGUGAUACAGGUGUGUUUUAUACCAGUGACAAAGCUACCCAUAACGAAGCAAUCAUCAUAGCCGGCGCUGGAUGUAAGGUCUCAUUCGAUCUAAAAGAGUUCAUUGAGGCAGAUGCAAUCAAGCAGUAA